CAUCUCGAGGUCAGUGCCUGACGUGCACAACAUGACGGGCUCCAGCGGCAUCGGCGCCCAAGGCGUCGGGGAGGGCCCUAACACGGGUCGCGGCUCGUCUUCGGCCGGAGUCUCGGUGGCCAAAGCUCAGUCCAUGUACACGUACCGUGUGCCCGCGGCUUACCUGCCAACUGACGCGAGGCACCUCUUCAUCACGGUCCUCAUGGUGCACCCCGGGACCGGAGUCGACCUGAACGUCUACAGACGCUACAAACUCGUCACCAUCAUCGGCGACUGCCGAUUUUUGGACGAAGAGGAAGUCGACAAAUCUCCGAACUGCAAGGCUGUCGUCAUCGUCGGGCGAACAGAGAUCUUCUGCAUCUGCAAGGACGAGUGGUCAAGCACACAACACAGGGUCGCCGUGGUCCAGGCCACUUUUCCGGGCACGCCCAGGGUUCAAGUCAGAGAGAAGUUCAUUCCACGGAAGCUGGAAGAGAAACGGCUCUUUCAGAUGCCCGUCCUGAAACGUGUUGACAACUGCACAAUGGCCCAGAGAACGAAUUUCCACAGACUUCUUCAGAGGGAGUUUCCAUUGGAGGAUAUCGCGACCGCCGAGCGGCUGGCCGUGCAGAUCAUGCAAGUCGAGAGCGUGCUCAACAAUCAGACGCUGUACUGGAUUUGCAACGCCUUCAUGCCCGUCGAUGAGGACAGGGUCAUCUUGGAGAAGUCAAAGGUACCACAUGCCUCCCUCCUGGCGUUCCUGUCUCUGCGACGUGCAUGUCGGGGGCGGAAAGAAUACUGA